AGGAGGUGGAUUGUUACUUUUAACAAAAGCUCGAGCGCAGCCUCCACCGAAGCCUCGAGCGCAUACAGCUGCUCACUUGACCGCGCGAGAACCGGACAUCAUUCAUUUUUUUGUUGCUUUUGCCUCUCGCCCUCGUUUUGUAUGGUGGUUCCGGCUGCUCGAGCGAGUCAACCAAUGCAGAAAAGGGAGAAAAGUUUCGGUAUACAAAUGCUUUCCGUCCAGCCGGACACCAAGCCAAAGGGCUGUGCCGGCUGCAACCGGAAGAUUAAGGACCGCUACCUGCUCAAGGCCCUCGAUAAGUACUGGCACGAGGACUGCCUCAAGUGCGCCUGCUGCGACUGCCGGCUGGGCGAGGUGGGAUCCACGCUGUACACCAAAGCCAACCUCAUCCUGUGCCGGCGAGACUACCUCCG